AAUCCACCACGACCACAGAACAGUUGGAUUAUUUUUCGAAAAGAUUAUGAAGCAACUUUACGUCGUCGUAGCUCUGACGUCAAACAAGAAGUCAAACACACGGCUCAUGAAUGUAGCUUGAAGUGGAGACAGUUGUCGAGUGAGGUCAAGCAUUUCUUCAAAAUAUUGGAGAAAAUAGCUUGCGAGAAUCACAAGCGCAUAUAUCCUAAUUAUAAGUAUAAGCCGAAAAAUGCGAAAAAUUCAAACUGCAAAAAAUUCAUUUUUCGAGAACAAAAAAAAUAUCCAGUCAGUCCAUUGUCACCCUCGUUAACAUCAAUUCGCACUGACAUCGUUACGACAACCAUCGAUACUCUUCCUUCUGUGAUCAAUGCUAAUUCCUCAACUCUACCUCCUACGAUCAACGACGAUGCU